AUGGCGCUGCUAAUAGCAGUCGCGGUUAUGUUGGGCUCCCAGGGCUGUGCGCUCGGCCUGAUUGCUGAUCGGGGGUCCUGUCCGCCCCCAUGUCGGUGUCUGGGAGAUCUGCUGGAUUGUAGUCGUGGAGAUCUACACAUGGUACCCGAUCGGCUGCCUGGAUGGGCUGUGCAACUUGAUUUAAGCCACAAUAAACUUUCCUCAAUCAAAGUUUCUUCAAUGAUUCAUCUUUAUAACCUUCGUGAAUUGAGACUGAAUAGAAAUGACCUGAAGACUAUACCCAAUUUAGGACCAUUAUCUGCAAAUAUAACACUUCUGUCUUUAACAAACAAUAAGAUUCAUGUAAUUUUACCAGAGCAUCUGGAACCUUACCAGUCGCUGGAAACCUUAGAUUUGAGUAAUAAUCUUAUUACUGAACUUAAAGCACCGUCGUUUCCUGUGCUGAGACUUAAAUACCUUUACAUCAAUAAAAACCUUAUAACAUCUAUGGAACCAGGUGCAUUUGACAACUUGUCUGCUACUUUACAAGUAUUGAAGCUCAACAAGAACCGAAUUGGCUACAUUCCACCAAAGAUGUUUAAGUUGUCUAACUUACAACACCUAGAGCUGAAGCGUAACCGAAUGAGACAUGUUGAUGGGCUCACUUUUCAGGGUCUGGAUGUCCUAAAAUCUCUAAACAUGCAAAGAAAUGGAAUCACACGACUUAUGGAUGGAGCUUUCUGGGGACUGAGUAAUAUGGAACUUUUGUUUCUGGAUCAUAAUAAUCUAACGGAGAUUAGCAGAGGCUGGUUGUAUGGCUUGCUUAUGUUACAGCACCUCCAUCUCGGCCAGAACGCCAUCAGCCAGAUCAGCCCUGAUGCCUGGGAGUUUUGCCAAAAACUCAGUGAGCUAGAUUUUACCUUCAAUGAACUAACAAGAUUAGAAGAGUCAAGUUUUAUGGGAUUAAGCCUGCUUGGUAGACUAUUUAUAGGAAACAACCAAAUUAGUAAUAUCGCGGAUGGUGCAUUCCAUGGAUUAUCCAAUCUGAACACACUAGAUCUGAAGAACAAUGAAAUUUCUUGGAGCAUUGAAGAUAUGAAUGGAGCAUUUUCUGGACUAGAAAAACUGAAAAGGCUGAUGCUCCAAGGUAAUCGAAUAGGAUCAAUAACAAAAAAGGCAUUUUCAUGGUUGGAUGCACUUGAAUAUCUGGAUCUGAGUAAUAAUGCAAUUGUGUCAAUGCAGAGUAAUGCAUUUUCUCAAAUGAAAAAUCUUCAGCAAUUACAUCUAAACUCUUCGAGUCUUUUAUGUGACUGUCAGUUGAAGUGGCUGCCUCAGUGGUUAACGGAAAAUAAACUGCAGAAGUCUGUAAAGGCAAAUUGUGCACAUCCACAAAGUCUCAAGGGCAAAAGCAUCUUUGCUGUUAGUGUUGAUGGAUUUGUGUGUGAUGACUUUCCAAAGCCACAGAUCACUGUCCAGCCUGAAACGCAAUCUGCAAUAAGAGGCUCCAAUGUGAGUUUUAUAUGUACGGCAGCCAGUAGCAGUGACUCCCCGAUGACUUUCUCAUGGAAGAAAGACAAUGAGCUGCUGAAUGAUGCUGAGAUGGAAAAUUAUGCUCACCUGCGGGUACAAGGUGGGGAAGUAAUGGAGUACACGUCUAUCCUGAGAUUACGUGAUGUGGAGUUUGACAUUGAAGGAAAAUAUCAGUGUGUCAUUUCUAAUCACUUUGGAACCUCUUACUCUGUAAAAGCCAAACUAACUGUGAACAUGCUUCCUUCAUUUAUGAAGAUGCCUAUAGACCUCACCAUUCGAGCUGGAUCAACGGCUCGCCUGGAAUGUGCCGCAGUAGGGCAUCCAACACCUCAGAUUGCUUGGCAGAAAAACGGUGGCACGGACUUUCCUGCAGCUCGUGAGAGGCGGAUGCAUGUUAUGCCAGAAGAUGAUGUAUUCUUUAUUGUGAAUGCAAAAGUAGGGGACACUGGAGUGUACAGCUGUACAGCCCAGAACAGUGCGGGGAGCAUUUCAGCCAAUGCUACACUCACGGUUCUAGAAACACCAUCAUUUCUGCGUCCACUUGUGGAUCGUACUGUAUCGAAAGGAGAAACCACAGUUCUGCAGUGCAUUGCAGGUGGAAAUCCUACUCCAAAAGUAAACUGGACCAAGGAUGAUAGCCCAUUGGUUGUAACAGAGAGACAUUUCUUUGCUGCUGGAAACCAACUUCUAAUUUUAGUGGAUACAGAUUUUGCAGAUGCUGGGAAGUAUACUUGUGAGAUGUCCAAUAUCCUUGGAACAGAGAGAGGCAAUAUUCAUCUUUCAGUCAUUCCCAACCCAACAUGCGAUUCCCCUGCAAAUGCCACCCCGUCAUUGGAAGAUGAUGGAUGGGCCACAGUUGGUGUUGUGAUAAUAGCAGUGGUUUGCUGUGUGGUGGGAACCUCCCUUGUCUGGGUGGUCAUCAUAUAUACCACACAAGGAGAAGGAAUGAGGAUUGCAGUGUCACUAACACAGAUGAAACCAACCUACCUGUAGACACACCCAGCUACCUGUCCUCACAGGGGACACUAGCAGAAAGACAGGAUGGUUACAUCCCUUCCGAAAAUGGAAGCCAUCAUUUUAUUUCUUCCUCCAUGAGUGGAUAUUUCCUGCAGCAAAGGGAUGCCAAUGGUGUUUGCCACUUGGAUAAUGGAAGUGAACCAGAUUUAGAGGCUGUGGCUGAUCCACUGUUGUUUCACUACAUGGGGCCCCAGAGUUCAUUGUACCUGAAGGGGAAUGCCUACAACCAGGAGGCAUGUGAGGCUUAUCACUCAGGAUACAUUCCAGAUCAGAAACUGGCUAACUUAAAUGCAUAUGAACAGGAUUACUUAAAGGACUUCAGGUUAUAUGCACAGCGGGAUGAUAUUGAUGAUGAUAAUUUCAUCAGAAGAACCGAUAUUCAUGGAGCAUAUUCUCUGGUUCACUCCUUUCCUGGCUCUGUCUGCAACCAGUCUGAAGAGAGCAGAGCAAGGAUAGAAUCUGAUACUGAUCUUUAUGUGCAGAAGAACAGUCCUGAAAAGAAUUCCUAUAUGGGCACAUUUGGAAAGUCUAUAUGGAAGCCUCCCCAAGACUCCUUUCUACACACAGUGGAUUAUGUCCCUUCCCUCAGUAUUUCUCACUCUUCAUUGGAUAUAGCAUUAGAGUGUGAUCAAGAAGAGUCAACAAAGACAAUUUUAUGUGAUGAAUCAGGAAAUAUUUUACAUAAACCAAACCUACUGGAAGAUCACAGGACUUCUAUAUUUUACAGCUAUGACAUGGACACAUAG